AUGCUGAAUAACAGUUUGUGUCAAGUAAAUGCAGAAUGGAAAACAUCAAUUAUUGAUAUAGUUUUUUCAUCUCUUGGAAUUUUUAUUUGUGGCAUCGGCUUAUAUAUUUUAAUUAAAGUAAAGAAAACAAAAAUUGACAAAACACAAUGGUAUAUAAUUACGAAUCUUUGUAUACUUGAUGUUUUAUCAUGCAUAACUCUUACAGUUAAUUCAUCUUUAUACGUUUCAAAUGAAAACUACGUCGAGAUUAUUUCGCAAGCAUUUGCAGAUAUCUUUAUGCUUGGUUACUACGGAGCGACAUUAUGGUUGGUAUUUGACCGAUACUUGCACAUUGUACUAAAUAUAAAGUACGUCAUUUAUUGGUCAAAAAGAAAAACAAUAACGUUUACGCUCGUAUUAUGGAUUUUUUGUAUACUUCUGGGAAGUUUAUUACAAAUUUAUUGUGAAAAAGCUACAUACAUUUUGUUGAUAAUUUUUGACACCAUCAUAGUUUUAUUUUCAAUAUUUGUUUACGCGACUGCUUUAAAAAUAUAUUAUGACAAUAAACAAAUUAGAGGUCCGCGUAAACAACCGAGAAAUGUUUUAAAAGGAAUGUUAGUUGCAUCUUUAAUAUUAUCUUCAUAUUUAAUACUUAUGGUAAUCCCUGAUAUUAUAAUUAUAACUACAUUUGAUAGCAUUAAUUAUUGGAGUGUUUCCAAGUUUUCAUAUUUAAACAUAUGCUAUAUUGUGGCUAUGUGGGUUGACGCAUUAGUAUACGUCGUUGUUUGUCCUCAAUCUCUUAUUUUUCUAAGAAAUAGACAUUUGAGUUUUCAAAGGAGCAACAAUAAAGAUAAAGAAAAUCCAAAAAAUAUUUCUGUGAUUACAUCUUCUAUAUAA